UCAAAUUCCAGCACACGUCACACGAACUCGUUCACGGCGCGUAACGGGACAAAGUGCGGCAGCGAUCCGGCUCCCGUCGGCUUUCUGACAACCCUCAUUUUUUUUUCAUAUUCUCCCAGAAGACAACGGAAAUAAAAGCAAAUAGCCGAUAAAUAUUCUCCCCGAAUCAAACAAGCGAGCGCGAGCGCUCUUCAGGUUUUCCGCCGCCGUUUUCCUCUCACAGGAAACUCGCCCUUCACGGCGCAGAGUCGUUGUUUUUUUUUUUUCGUGGAUCCGUUUUAUUCAAUCGCCGAUUGAGAUUACACGUCUGACGACCCAGCUCUCCACGGACUGUUAAGUGGAAAGCGUAAACAAACCGUUCGCGUUUCUGAGGGAAAGUGAACGGCGCGCGCGCGCGCCCGCCGGAGGAUGGCACGCGCGGCGUUUUGCGCCUAACCGACCGAGACCGACGUUAGUCCCGUGGAUUUACCGGCUUUUAAACCGCCACGAUGUUCGCAGGAAUGAUCAGGGUGGAGAACAACUCAAAAACGCACAAAAGCGACACCGCGUGUCACCGGUGUGCUGCGAGGACAGGUGGUGUGAGCCCGGCGGCGGGAAGCCAUCGCAGGAGGAGCGUGAGACGCCCGGGAUGCAUGCGCUCCGAGCCAUGCGACUCUGACCGAAGACAUUCGCAAACCGCUUCUGGCUCGUCUGCUAGCGAGCACGCUCAAAAGAGCACUUCCAAAUUACCCAGCAGCCCCAGCGAGCGAUGGCUCGAGGAGGUUUUCCACAGAGACGACGGCCGGGACUCUCCCGAAACGCACCGUCUGCGCGGCGCUGAGGAAAAACCCCCAAUGCCACCGAGCGGCGCUUUCAAUUCCAGCUUCAGUUUCAUUCAGCAGUCCCUAGAAACGAGCGAUCCGUUAGACGUCGGCACGAGUGAUCGACUCAAGCCUGAAACGUCUCACUCCGAUGCUUUAACAAAUCCCUUGAGCCAAUCAGAGAUCGGCGCUGUUCCGAUCAGCCAAUCAGAACACGAGCUUUUCUCCGGUGGUCAACCAAAACGUGUUUUAUUGGACCGAGAGCUGUGGCUAGCGGACCUGGAUGUACAGGUAUCGUCCUCCGCGAAGGAAAGCAUCCAGGACUCGGACUCCGGCUCUCUGGACACCGAAGUCACGUCUUCGUUCUCGAUCGACUCGUCGGACUCGGCCUCCUCGGUCACGUCCGGCUACGACAGCGCGACCCCGUCCUCCGAGCAGAGUCGAGGCGGUCCGGGGAAGAAGUACGAGGACGCUCUUCAAGACUGUCUGCAGAACAAUCGCACAAACACCAAGAUUGAGUCCAUAAUGAUAAAGCUUCAGAGACUACAGGACAAAGCGGUUCUCGAUGAUGAUUACGACACAGCCGAGCGUUUUGGUAAGAAGCUAGAGGAACUGAGGAGAGAGCGAGCGACGCUUAAGCCUGGUUUACCAUCCAGACAUCCGGAGGUCACUGGGUUUCUGGAGCGUCUCAGAUCGGCCGUUCACAGCGUCAUCCACAGGACGGACACACACUGCAGGCGAAGCGGUGAAUCGAGUGACGAUCAGGGAUCAGGCAGCUCUCAGAGCCGCGCUCGAACACGGGAGAAACUGUUAGAGGAAAAACUCAGAAUUCAGAAGGAGGUGUGCGAUCUUCAGCGGAGGCUGCGGGAGCUGCAGGAGCAGGGCAGAGCUGUGGAGGAGCAGCUGGAGCUGGACGAGCCCGUCCCCGGAGCCUGUGAUCCCGCUCAGCUGAGGCUGGUGUCUCGAGCGCUGGAGGACAUGAUCAGCUCUGAACACCGGGCUCAGAUCGACGUCUCUCCACCCGAGGAGAUCGUCAGACUUCAAGAGCAAGAGCGAGCACUGAAAUUAUCUAUCAAAGAGACAACGGCUAAAGUGGUGAUGAGUCAAAGGCUGGGCUCCAGUCUGCGGAGGAAGGUCAGCGAGAGUGAAACACAGCUGCUGGCUCUUCAUGAGGCGAAGCUCACGGCCAUCUCAGGAAACGACUUCAGCAGCGCGAAGGAGCUGAAGGCAGAAAUCAGGAGCGCGUACGGUGAGAGAGAUCGUCUGGAGAGCCUGGAGAGGAAGCUGAAAACUCUGAGCACAGGAAGCGGACGGGAUCUGAGCCGCAUGAAGGAGCAACACAACCAGAUCAAACUGGAGCUGCAGGAGAGAGAAGCCCAGUACGAGCACAGUUUAAAGGAAAACACUCUGAAGUAUAUUGAGCUUCUGGAGGACAGACUUCACAGCUGUGGAAGCCCGGCGCUGGAACACAUUUGGGAGGCUGAUUUGGAGGCUUGUCAUCUGCUCCUGAAAGGCCUCGACCAGCGCACCUCCAGCAUCUCGGCACCGGAGGAUCUUCCCUCCAUCCCUGGAUCGGGUUCAGAUGUCCUGCCCUUCACUAAAGAGGAAGCGGACUGUGCCAUGCUGACCGCAUUAGGGGGCCGCUGGUGCCCCGAGGCUGACCUCCAGCACUCAGAGUUCACCAAGAAAUUAGAGGAGUUUCUCUUCUGUUUGGAGGACGCGUCUCCUGAGGAUCUGUGUGGAGAGACGACAGAGAUGACGGAGCGCUGUGAACUCAUCAGUGAGCGACUGCAUUACCUGGAAGAGCAGCUUCAGACCGCCAUAGAGCAGCAUGACAAGAACCUCACUCUGUCCUUGGAGAAGGAGGUUCAGGAGGUGAAGGCUGCUCUUCAAGCGAUGCUGUCACAGCUGAAGGACGAGGAAGAGGAGGACGAAGAGGCCCACGAGAAGUACUGUGAUGUAGAGGACGAACAGGCCGAGGAUGAAACGCUGGAAGAGGAGCUUUACUUCAGUGACAGCUGGGAAAUCUGAGCGCAUUUCUAUUUCUAUCGCGUCGAAGUCUGUUUUCAUACCGUCAUCAGGUCCUUGAAGAGAACAGCUCACCUCUCCCUCGCCCACAUGUCGUUUCAGAACCACUGGACUGUACUUUUCUUACUUUUGAAGGUUGCACUUCCACUGAAAAAAAAAAUAAAAAAAUAAAAUCUCAAACAUUUCCAUUUAAGAUAAGAUUUUCGUUUCAUGCAAGCGAGGAAAAAGCCUUUGGAGCGACAUGCGGACAGAAAUAAUUUUUAUCUCUCGAUUAGGACCUCUAACCACGCGCAUCUCGUCAAGAGAUAAAAUAUAGAGAUAAAAAUUUUUUUAUUCUAAUCGGUUAGUGUUUAUUAUUUAUUUGCUUGCCAUAUUUCCCAGCUGUUUAUUCGCUUUGGCGUCACGUUGCUUCGUUAUUUUAGCGUAUUUAAACUGCAUGGCAUUUUAUUUAUUUAUUUAAGUUGCUUUGAUUAUAUCGAUAUUAUUUUAGAAAAAAAAAACACACAAAAACAGACUUUUUUUUAAUAUACAGAUGUGAAGACCAAUAAACCCCUUAAGCCUAAAUCUGAAGAAGUAUUCAGCAUUCAGACUCUGAGCUCAGGAUCGAAACGUAGCCUUUUAUCUCAACUCUUUUACGACUCGAACAAGAACAUCGUGUUCAGGUUCACGACGAAACCGCUGUAUUUGAGCCCUGCUGAUGUUCUGUGAAUUAUAAGAGUCGUGUAGCAUUAAGUGCCUUCUUUAAACAUUGGUUGAAAUGGUCUCCUUAUUUGAAGCAGAAACAGGUGCUCUUUUUAUAAGUCUUGAUAUGUUUUACUUUUUAAGGAAAGCACUUUUGUCUGUCACCUGUGGGUUUGUUUGUACUAAUCGUGAAUGUAUAUUUGCAUGAUUUUUGUCCCGCAGAACUUUAUGUAUUAAAUGUAUUAUACAUUUUUAUUGUUUUUGAAUACAGGUAUCCCUGCCUAAA